AUGGCAAACACGAACGGAACGAGACCAGGGAAACGGAGACUUCUGAUGUCGACGGUGAACUCGAUCCUCCUCUACGGUGCGGAGAUCUGGGCAGACUCCCUGAAGACUAAGAAAUACUGUCACACAAUGACGACGGUACAGAGACGAAGCGCGUUGAGGAUCGCUUGUUCCUAUCGGACGGUCUCAGCACAGGCCGUUCUGGUGGUGGCAGGCGUGAUUCCCAUAGACCUUUUCGCGUUCGAGCGCAAGAGGGUCUACGGAAGAGACGCGGACGUGACCCGACGGGACGCGGCAACGACGGAAAGAGACGCGACGAUACAGACGUGGCAGGAAUGGUUGACGGAAGAAACAACGGGAAACUGGACGUGA